AUGGUCCGCCUCAAACACCGCUACCUCCUCCUCGACAUCCUAUACCCCGACCCCUCGUCGUGGCCCUCCACCGCCCCUCAGCGCAAACUUGCCUCGGCGCAAUCCCAGUCCCAAAUCCAGAUCCACGCGCCCACAUCCGAUGCGCUCACGCAGGGCCUCCUCGCCAAGAUGGUGCGCGAGGAAGUCGCCGAGAUCUUCGGCGACUGGGGGGUCGGUCGCCUGGGGAGUGGUCUGAGCGUCAAAUACCUUUCUCCCGCAACAUCAACAGCUAUCAUCCGCUGCCCGCGCGCAUCCUACCGUCUCGUCUGGACCGCCCUCACGUAUAUGUCCCGCGUCCCGGAGUACGGGAACCCGAGUCGAUCGAAAGGCGCCGGCCCGGCACUGACGAGACCGUGCGUGUUCCGUGUGAUCAGAGUCUCUGGGACGAUGCGCAAGGCCGAGGAGGAGGCGAUUCGGCGCGCGAGAAAGGAGAUCGUGCGGUUGAGAGAGGCCGAGGAGGUUGGGGUUUUGGGCGAUUUGGUGGGUGGGCUUGCGGAGGGGGGUGCCGGGGUUGUUGAGGAUGAAGGGGAUAAUGGGGAGGAGGUUGUGGAUGUGGAUAUGGAUAGUGAUGAUGAUGAUUGAUUCGGUGAA